CUCGGUUCCUUUAAGGUCUAAGCCAACUCAUGUGAGUAAACCAUGUCUGUGCAGCCUCUACCGCCAGCAUCGUCUUUUCUCGCACUGCAUUCAAAAACACACAAGGACACUAUCCUGCAUGAAUUUGACAAGCUCAGAAAAAGAGAAAUGCUUUGUGACAUAACUCUUAUUGUAGAAGAUGUGCACUUCAAGGCCCACAAGGCUCUUCUAGCAGCAAGUAGUGAAUACUUCUCAUUAAUGUUCACGGCUGAAGAUCAGGUGAGCCAGACGGUCUACAUACUGGAAGGCCUGGCUGCGAAGACCUUUGAAGCCGUGCUUGAGUUUAUCUACAGUGCAAAUGUGUCCGUGGAGGAAAGCAGCUCUGAACAGCUGCUUGAGAUGGCCCGGUUUCUGGAGAUCCAAGAUUUGGUCAAAGCCCAUGAAGAUCUUCAAAAUAGCAGGUCAAAUGCAACGGUCGACAAUGUGCUGUCCACCAAAGGACCUGGUGUUGAUGAAACCAUACAGAUUGCAACCAAGCGCAAAAGAGGACGCCCUAAAAAGAACAUGCAAGCUCAGGAGUCAAGCCAAAAAGAGAUUCCAGCUUCCUUACAGACCAGUUUACCAACCCAAACUACCUCUGAGAUGUCUUCAGCAUUUCAAGAACCUACUGAAGCUCUCUUGGAUUCCACCUCCUCACCCAGAGACGCGAGCGACAGCGACUAUAACCCCAGAGAAGACAGGCCCCGUCACAGCAAACGCAAAAUAAAGCCGCCUGUCAAACUAAAAGGCUUCAAGUUAGGGGCCGAUUUCAAGAAGCAGAAGGAACCUGGCAAGAGAGGACGAAAAAGAAAGUAUCCAGACACAGAGGCUAUAUGUGAUGACUGUGGGAAGGUUUUUAAAAACCAUCUGUUUCUAAAGAUACAUCAACGAACUCAUACAGGUGAAAAGCCGUUCAGGUGCAGUGUUUGUGGGAAGGGUUUCACUCAGAAACACACUCUUCUGGUUCAUCAGCGAAUGCACACGGGGGAAAAGCCCUUCAUCUGCACGAUCUGCUCCAAAGCACUGUCCACCAAACACUCCCUACAGGAACACAUGAACCUGCACACUGAGAAUAAAUCCUUCAGUUGUGACCAGUGUGGUAAAACCUUCAGUCAGAAGCGGCAGCUGAAGAGUCAUUACCGCGUUCACACAGGAAAAGCAUUACCUGAGUGUGCACACUGUCAUCACAAGUUUAUGGAUGCAGCGCAACUAAAGAAGCAUCUCAGAACUCAUACUGGUGAGAAGCCGUUUACAUGUGAGAUCUGUGGCAAGUGUUUCACCGCCAAGAGCACCCUACAGACACACAUCAGGAUACACAGAGGAGAGAAGCCAUACAUCUGCAAUAUCUGCGAUAAGUCCUUCUCUGACCCCAGUGCGAGGAGACGACACGUGGCGUCUCACACGGGUAAAAAGCCGUUUGCGUGUUCCGUGUGCAGUCUGGCGUUUGCCCGAAUGGAUAACCUCAAAGCUCACACCAAAACUCACAACAAGGAACGUCAAGGUGCCGAGACCGCCCAGCCUGCAGUGGUGGAGGUCACAUCAGGGGCCGAGGAGAUGCACAACAUCCUCCAACUCCAACCGUACCAGCUCCCCACGCACUCCGAGCAGGAGAUCCAGCUGGUCGUGACUAGGGAGGUCAAUAACAUCAACUUGGGUCAUGAUCAAGGUAUCAGCAUCAUCACCGCUGAAGAUUCCUCCGAGGAACAGGGUCUCACUCUUCUCACCCAACCUUCUGGUCAUGUCCAAAACCUGGCGCUGGUCACCCCAGACGGAUUGGAUGCCGGCACGCAAAUUCAAACCAUCAGUGUCUUAGGAGGUCAGGUGACCAGCGGACAGCCAGAGCAGAUGCAUGUAAUCACGCUGACCAAAGAAGCCAUGGAGCAACUUCAAGUGCAUCAUGGAGCUCCACAGCAGCUGCAGGUGAUCCAUCAAACCAUACCAGAAAUGGCUGAAUCUCAGGAGUCCUCAGCUGAUAGCCACAGCCGCCCAAGUCAAACAGGAAGCAUUCAUAUCAGUAGCCAGACUGGCCAGCCCAUCUCCAUCAGUCAGACCAGCGAGCAGAUCCCCAGUGACCAGAUUCAGGGUCAAACCUUCCAGAUCCAAGCAGGAACAGUUUCGUAUCUCUACACCACCAGUAUGGCCCCAGAGAACUGAAGAGACACUCGGCUUACUGUCUCAAUUCUUUAGGACAAAGUCGUAAUACUGACGUUUGUUCCUUUCUGUUGUAAACGGUUAUAUUUUGCUUUUAACAAUAAUGCUAAUUGUGUAAUCAUUUAGAUUUUUUUGGUUUAAUGAUGAGUUCAAUGUGGAUCAUAAAGUAUCACCAUUAUUUACUGGUUUGAUACAAGUUAAUGAGUAAACGCAAUAAAUAUUACACAUACAGACAACUCCAGUUGUUAUUGUCCAAAAACGCAUUGAAAAAGACAGUUUUAGGACUUCAAAAUGGGAUUUUCAGGACAAUUAAGCACAUUUCCUCUCAGUUUUCUUACUGUAAUGCAAAAAUAAAAAAUAAAUAACGAUGCAAAACAUCUUAUUGGUCCUGAAUGCGUAAUAUAAUUUCAUAUAUUUUCUUUGAAUUAACGCUUCACUUACAGACACCAAUCUUCCAAAAAUGCUUUAAAGAAAUGCUCACAAUUAUACAGAACAGACAAAAUGACACCUUAAGACAUGGACCAUUUUAUUUGUUCUGUAAUGGGGUGAAUCUCAAGAAACCUGUCAAGAACAUGUUCAUAUUUCACCCCAAAAU